CAAUUCGGCGGUGGUUGUGUAGUUUAAUUCGGAGUACAAAGAUUUACGGAUUCGGCGACUACGGUGUCAGCGCUGAAGAUCACAGCCGAAACAAAUCUUUGGGGCUUCAAUUUCAAUGGAGGGAAUUGGAUCCAGAUUGGGCCGAGUCUCCUCCCGCUACGGUCCGGCCGCUACUGUCUUCAACGGCCCCGUCCGGAAGUGGAAGAAGAAGUGGGUCCUGGCUUCUUCCUCGUCCUCCGGUGUUGCUAAUCAGUCCUUCUUACUCCCAAUCCAAUGCUCAGGAGCUUCUUCUCUGCCGCUGGACCCCGAUUCCUUCGUUCCUCGGAAGCCGACGGAGCCGCCGCGCUGCCCGACGAGCCGCCCAGACGGAAGUUCCGUUACACUCCUAUUGCUGUGCUGGAGGAACAGAGAAAUGCAGAAUUGAGAAGUGUUAAAGAUGAAAUUAGAACAAAAGAAAUGGAUCAGUCUGCAGCAAAGACGGCUACUGUGAGCAAUGAGGCUCAGGGAGAGCUAAAUGUCAAUGAGAUUUUCAAGGAAGAAUCUCAGGAAAAGGGCAAGAUUCUAAACAGCCUGCAUGAUGUAGGCAAGAAAAAUUUAGAUUUGGCGUUGUGCUUGAACGGUCAGAACCAAGAUUCUGCUGGUAAGAGCUCUUAGUAUCUGCGAACAAGACCGAGCUCGAGCUGGUUUUGUCGUAUGGGAAUGGUAUAGCAGAAAUUAGUCUGUAAUGUGAUAGUAUCUUAUCCAAUGGUUAACUUGGAAGCACAUUGUUUUAUAGUUAGUGUUUGUAUAUGAUUUAGGGAUAAUGGGGGAUGGAUCAGUAUAUAAUCUGGAAGAACCUUUUGGGAGUUUGUUUGUGGAAAGUGUAUUUAUUCUUCCUGAAUAAUGUGCAAUCAGAAUGCUGUAGGAAGAACAAAUUGUGUU